CUGAUUGGUUCCAAUCUGGAGUGCCGGUAGCCCGUGCCCUCGGAGCUUGUUGGGCGACAGCGGCCGGGAUUGCGGCAGAGGCGGCAGCGGUUCCUGAAGAGGAGAAGGAGACUCCUCUGGAGGUAUCGGGUCCGCCGUGCGAGACGAGGUCAGGCCCGUGACCACACAAGGCCAUGAACCUGGGGGAUGGAUUAAAGCUUGAAACAGAAUUAUUGGAUGGGAGAACAAAGCUAAUAUUGGCUCCAUACGAACGGAAAUCCAAAACUGCCCCAAAGAUGGGAAAUAAGGCCAAGAUUCCAAAACAGUCUUUGAGAACAACACAGACUGGACAUAUUCUUAAAUCAACACAGAAUACCGAUGGCAGGCAUGAGAGCCUUUUACAGAAGAGUCGAACUGCAGCCUCUGACCCUUCCCAGGCAAAAGGUGAUAAGAGCAGGAUGAUUUUCUCACCAGCAAAGAGUUUCUCCAAGGAAGACCCAGAUACUGGCCGUCUUUGUGUGCAGAGGAACGGUACAGCUGAAACCCCCGACUCCUGGAGGACUAAACAUGACAAACAGUCAGCAGUAUUUAAACAGAAGCCUCAGAAGAAACACAUGACAGUUGAAGAUAUUAGGAAUAGUUUGGUAUGUCUAACAGAGGAACAGCUCCAACAGAUUUUGAUGGCUGUCGGCCAAGGGAAUAAACCUAUUUCACAGAUUGAGAGUGGAAAGAAAGAAGAAAAAUGUCAAAACAACUUACAUCUUAACAGUUUUCCUAAUGAGUCAAAGGACGAGAACAUUAUGGGAUUACUUCAAAAAGCUGAAGACAUUUCACCUAUCCCAGAUGACAGUAUCUCUGUGUUAAACAAAAAACAGAAGACAUCUAUGCCGUGUGAGCAGAAACUUGCCAUAAAGACUGUAUGGAAACCAUCUGAUAUGUUCAGUACUCUAGGGGAGAGAGAGAGAGAGAAGAGUUUGCUGGAAGCAAAGAAAUUCCAGUGGAGGAAGGAACUAGAUGAACAGGUUGCUUUAAAGAAGAAAGAAAAAGAAGCCUCUGAAGAGCAGAAGAAAUGCCCCUGGGGCAAAUGUGGGAGCACUAAAACCAUUUGGAACAAUUUUGAGGCAGUGGACCAAUGGCAGUCCUCUUCGAGUCCAUCUAGUGUUCUCUCCAGGUCACCGAAUCUGAGGCUGUCGGCCCAUCCUGGUGGGGAUUCCAUACCUGGGACUAGCCAGACUCUGGAAAUGACACUUCCAACUGAAUUUAACCCUGCUGCUGCUGCUGAGGAGACCCAGGUUUUUAAGAAUGUUUCUAGAGGAGACUCAAACGAAGUUGUCCCCAGUCACUACUCCAGACCACGGGGGAAACCCUCAACUUUUAGUUCUCCAGAUUUGCCAGCAGCCAUUCGGACAGCCUUUGUUUUAGGGGAAGCUACACCACUGGAGCACCCUUUCAGCGCUGUGAGAAAAGAGCAGCAGAGGAAAUGGAUUGAAGAACUGAACAAACAGAAGGAAGAAGAUAAGCAAAGAAAACUCAAGGAAAAAAUGGCAUAUGCCCAGGGUGAAGAACAUGACAGGUGGGCCAUGCAUUUUGAUUCCUUAAAGUUCUAUCCCAGUUCUCGGUCUCAACUCUCCUCUCAUGCAACCCAGAAACAGCCCGACUACUUGUGCCUCUCCCCGGAAAUGACUGAUGUUAGCAGUCCUUACACACCUUUGUCUGGAGGCCAGCUUGGGCCUGCAGAGGAGGAGAACUUGGGGAAAUCUACUCGGGAUGAGGCUACUACAAAUGUGGAGAAAACCAGUUUCCUCCGCUCUAUGACUGCACUUCUGGAUCCUGCUCAGCUUGAGGAAAGAGAUAGACGAAGACAAAAACAGUUAGAACAUCAGAAAGCCAUCACUGCUCAGGUGGAGGAGAAGCGAAGGAAGAAGCAGCUUGAGGAGCAGCAGAGGAAGCAGGAAGAAGACGAGGAGGAACGGCGCCUGGCCCGGGAACGAGAGGAGAUGCAGAGGCGCUUUGAGGAGGACCUCCUGGAGCAGAAGCGAAAGGAAGAAAUGAUGGCUCUGAAGACCAGCGAGCUGUACCAGAGCAUGCAGAGGGCGCAGGAGCUGGCGCAGCGGCUGAGGCAGGAGCAGCGCAUCCGCGAGCUGGAGCAGAAGGGCCACGACAUCUCCAACCUGCUGCGCGGCCUGGCCGGCGAGCCGGGACCCACCGAGCCAAGCCCAGAGCCGAGCGGCCAGCGAGCAAGAGCGGCGGCCAGCCCGGGGAUCCCCCCCGGCACCUCUCCCCGAAAGGACACGGCUGUGCAGACAGAUGAGCCGCAGCCAGGCCGCAGCAGCCGGGAGACAGGGCCGGAGGGGAGCGAGCGGACCGGCCUGCUCUCUCCGGAGCUCUUCAUAGAGUGUGACAGGCAGCCCAACGGCGGGAAGAGCCAGGACGGGCUUGAGGAGGCCCGCCGGGCGUCCCCUGAGAAGGAGAACAGCUUCCAGCACCUGUACGAGCCCUUCGCCAGGACGGAGCGGCCAAAGCCCCGGGGGAGGGGUGCCAAGAAGCCCGACUGGAACAUCAACCGGCCGGCCAAGAAGUUCGUGCCGGCCUCUGAGCGCUACCCCAAACACCUGCAGCGGCAGCGUGAGGAGAGCAAAGUGCGCCGCCAGAUGGAGCUGCUGCAGCUGCUUGAGAGGAACGCGCCGACCCGCCUCUUCCUGCUGCCCCGUGACGCCUCGCCCGAGCCAGCCCCUCGCCAGGACCCCCCCCAGGAACCCCAGGAGCCCCAGGAGUCCCGCGGCCAGCAGGAAGAAGAACUGAAAAAACUCCACUCCAGCAGGGACAGGUAUGGCGCCGUCUUCCAACAUCAUCGUCCGGCUUAUUUUAGGAACGAGAAAAGAAACUCGAUAAGCAAAGGCACCCCAGAGCCAGGGAAGGAGCCCCUUCGGAGCCCCUGCAGGCCAGGGAGGCUGAGGGAGGAGGCCGGGCUCUGGCCAAGAUGGUUCAGGAGGGUUUCAGGAGGCCAAGAAAGAUGGAAAGACUCCUGGGUUUGAGCCCA